AUGCGACCGCCGCUUUCGGCUUCUCUAUUCAACUCCCUCAUCGCCUCCCGCGCCCGCGCCGGCCGCUCAGCCGAAGCCCUCUCGCUCCUCGCGCGCAUGCUCGCGGCUGGGGUCGCCCCGACCGCGUUCACCUUCGCGCCAAUCCUCUCAUCGCCUUCCGCCACCGCCUGCUGCGCGGCGCAGCUGCACCCGCACAUCCUCAAGAGCGGGCUGCUCCACUGCGAGCCUUACUCGGGGACGUCACUGGUGGGGUUCUUCGGGCGUAGUGGACGGUUCGACGAAGCGCUCAAGGUGUUCGGUGAAAUGACGGUGAGGAGCGUGGUCACCUGGAACUGUCUUAUCUCUUCGUUCGUGCAGUUUGGACGCUCGCACGAUGCCCUGUUCUGGUUCAGGGAGCUCGUGAGAAGCAGUGAUGGCUUAUCAGACGGCUCUCUUGUUGCAGUGCUGCCUGCGUUUGGGUCGCCGGUGGAAGUUCAUGGUCUCGUGAAGAAAACUGGAAUGGAUUCCUUCUCAGCAGUUGCAAAUGCAUUGUUGAGUUCAUACUGUACCUGUGGUUCUAUACAAGUGGCAGAGAAGAUGUUCAAUGAGUUGGUGUUUAGAGAUGUGGCUUCUUGGAAUACAAUGAUAACUGGUUUUGCGAGGAGCAACGUCCCAGAGAGAGCAUUUGAGCUUUUCUUAAGUAUGCAACGUCAGGGUGAUUUGCCAAAUGAAACAACAUUUGCCAGUGUUCUUUAUGCCUGCGCCAGUAUGAAUGGACACGAGCAUGGGAAGUUUAUUCAUGCAAAAGUUAUCAAGCGAAAUCUCAAUACAAGUGUCUUUGUCAGCACCUCACUGGUCGAUUUCUAUGCAAACUGUAUUGGUUGGAGGGAUGCACAUAAAGUAUUUAAAGAGGUUCCUGAGAAUAGCACCACGUGUUGGAAUGCUCUGAUUUCUGCUCACUCUGAUAGUGAUGGUCCAACUUCUUUGGUUAUUCUGAGAGACAUGUUACGAUCAGGGAUUAAACCGAAUGAAGUUACUUUUUCUGCAUCUCUCAAGGAUCCAUCGCUUUUGGCUCUCCAGCAGAUUCACUCAUUGGUGACAAGAUUGGGUCAUGGUGGUAAUGACUAUGUUUCAAGCGGUUUCAUAUCAUCUUAUGCUUCACAUGGCGUUGUUUCCGAUGCCUUGACUUAUGGAGUUGCACUGGAUCCUGAUUCUUGUAGUGUCUCCAUGAAUGCUUUAGCUGGUGUGUAUAAUAAAGCUCGCAGCUACAAAGAAACUAAGGAGCUACUUUUACAUCAGCAAUCUAGAGAUACUGUUUCAUGGUGCAUACUUAUUACUGCUUGCGCUCGCAAUGGUGAUUGCAUUGAAGCUUUUGGAUUUUUCAAACAGAUGAGAAUUUUGGGGCACCGUGCCGAUAACUAUGUAUUUGUGAGCUUGCUGAGCAUUUGUACAAAAAACAACAGCCUUGAUCUCGAUAUGUAUGCUAAAUGUGGUAGAAUUGAAGACUGUCUCAGAGUCUUUGAGGAAUUGAAAGAUAGGAACCUUAUCUCAUGGACAGCUGUGAUUUCUGGCCUUGGACUUAGUGGUUUUUCUCAUAAGGCCUUGGCAUGGUUUAAAGCAAUGGAAAAGGAUGGCUGCAAACCUGAUAAAGUAGCAAUUCUAGCAGUCCUGUCAGCUUGUAGACAUGGUAGACUUGUGAAGGAGGGGAUGAAGAUAUUCAAAAACAUGAAAGCUGAUUAUUCAGUUGAAGCUGAGAUGGAGCAUUACAUAUGUGUAGUGGACAUGCUGUGCAAGUGUGGUUAUUUGAAGGAAGCUGAGGUUGUGAUUAGAGGCAUGCCUUUCCAACCAAGUAGUGUCAUAUGGCGCACAUUCCUCCAAGGAUGCAAGACAUAUGGUGUAACAGAGACACAAGUGUUUAGCUAG